AUGGAUACAAUUUCGAAGCCAGAUACUUCAACUACAUCUCUGGAUCAACAACACCAAAGUGUAGAGAAAAAACCAAACGAAGAUAUUAAUUAUAAAAAUAUGAUUGAUGAAUUAUUAAAAAGUAUUGAAUUAAUUCAAAACCCUAAUGAUAAAGAUAAUAUUAUUAAUAAUAAUAAUAAUAUUCAAAACGAUACUAUGAAUAAUCACAAUCUUGAUACAUAUGGAUCAUCAAAAUUAACCACAAACUUCUCAUCCUCAGUUUGUACAACAACAAAAACAAAUUUAAAAAGAAACAGUGAUGGUUUUGAUAGAAAAGAAUUAAAAAUAAAUGAUUUAGAAACAAAUAAUGAAAAUAAAAGACAUUCAAAACAAUUGAUCAAUAACUAUGCAUCAGUUAAUAGUUUUCCUUUAGACUCACCAUCAAAAACCUUAGCCAGAGCUUUUAGUGUAACAAAUUCGAGACCCUCUUUUGUUCAACUUCUAAAUGCUAAUGUUCCUUCCUAUUCAUCAUCAAAAAAUAGUGGUGUCAAUCCUCAAGAAACUGGAAUGGUACCACCAUCACCUCAUUAUUCGGUUAGAAAACAUAACCUAGAAACAUCAUUCCCAUCUCCAGUAAAACAACAACAAGAUGAUUACGAUCAAAUUCAAAAUAAACCCAAUAGUUCUUAUAAAGACAAUUCUGAUGUUGAGGAAAAGUUACAAAAAAUAAUAGAAAAUCCAGAAGGCUAUCAAACUCAACCAGAAUUAGAAAUCCUUAUACAACAGUUGAUCCCAGAAUUUGACCGAGCAGGAGUUUUGUCUAUAAUAGAUAGUAUUCGUUGUGAUGAAUAUGGAAAUAUAAAAAACAAUGUAUUGAUAAGUUUUAUGGAAAACCAUAUUACUCUAGAUUCUUUGGAAGAUGAGUUUGAAGGUCAUCCCAUUAAUAAUAUAGAAUUUUAUGAAAAUGGUAAAAACUCAUUAUCAAAACAUACAAAACCUAAUCAACAACUUCAAGAUGAAGUUAAUCAAUUAAAAAAAGAACCCCAGAUUUAUAAAGAUAAAAAAAUUAAAGAAGCUGAUAUUAAGAUUAGAUGUUUAUAUUUAGAAAUCGAAAGAUUAGAAAAAGAAAUUUUAAAGUUUAAAGUUAAAUCAAAGAAUAGAGAAUAUCAGUUUACUUCUAUUGAAGAAGAAUACAAACAUAAAGUAGAAGAUAUAGAAAAAGAAUCAUUAUCAAAAAUUAAUGAAUUGGAAAAUAAACUAAAAGAACAAAUAAAUAAAAACAAUUCUUUGACAAGGGAAUAUGAAAAUCUAAUCAUUCAAAUUGGAAAUGUAGAAAAUGAAGUACAAAAAAAACAACAACAAAAGCCACAUCUAUAUUUCUCAUUUUUUUAUAUAUUUUUUUUUGGUUUCAUAUGUGCUUAUAUUUUUUUAAAUUAA